GUUCUUGUCAUUGGAAAGGCAUCGUUUUUGAGACAGCGUUGGCACAAGAUUUUGUGGCUCUACCUAAUGAACUGUUCAGCAUGUGUAGAUCAAAACAACUAGAGCUGUCUAACGCCGUUUCCUAGGUUUGAGAAUACGUCACCCUUUUUCGACGCCUGUAGUGAACCUCAUACCAUUUUAAAGCCCAGCCUCCAGUAGUGUUUGCCUAUAAAGGAGCUCAGAUAACAUUCCGGGUGGAGUUUGUUCUAUUCGAGAAUGUUUGACAACCCAACACACCUUCGUGCAGCAUAAAACAUUCAGUGUUCUUCCUUGUUUACCUUUGAGCCUGUGGAGAGACGAGACAAGAGCAGACUUCUGGACAGGAGAGCCCCAAUGGCGUCAACCGUCAGCCUCCUCCCCGAGAAGUCCCUGCUGUGCUCUCUGUGUAAGGACAUCUUCAGCAGUCCAGUCACCACCCCGUGCGGACACAGCUUCUGCCUGUCCUGCCUUUGCGACUACUGGAUGCGACACCAGUCCAGAUACUGCCCCUGCUGCCGGCGACUCUUCGCCAACAGGCCCGACCUCAGUGUCAACCAUAUCCUUGCCGAAAUCUCGGACAAUUACAAGAAGACCAGACCACAAAAGAUACCAGAUGAAGAAACGGUUAUCAAUGUUGAGCAAAUGAUUCAAGAGAGGCUGCAGAAGGUAGACAGGUUGAAGACUUCUCUUGAGCUCCAAAAGAGCUCUUACCUCAGAGAAGUGCGCGAGAGCCAAAAAGUCUUCUCAGCCCUCGUCCACGCCAUGGAGAAGAGCCACAAAGCAGUGGUGGCGGCCAUCGAAGAGCGCCAAAAGGAAGAGCAGAAGAAAGUCCAGAACCUGGUGCAGGAGUUGGAGCAGGAGAUCCGGGAACUGACAAAGGAGUCUGCCGUAUCCGAUUCUCUAGUUCCUGAAAAAACUAGUGAUCAGCAGGAUGAAUUAAAAGAAGAUUCCACGAAUGUUGUACCUCCUGGACAAGCGGUCCAGUUCAAGGAUUGGUCCAUGGUUACCAUAGAAACUGACCCAUGUGUCGGGGUCACCAGGAGAGCACUGUCGGAAAUGAUGGCGAAGAUAAAGAUGGAAGUAAACAGGCUAUCCAAAUCCGAACUUAAGAGAAUUCAGAGAUACAUUGUGGAUGUCAAUCUAAGCGCCAAGACGGCCCACCCCACCCUUUCAGUCUCUGAUGACAGAAAACAGGUGAGGCAGAGCGACAAGCGCCACGAGGUGCCGGACCACCCCAAACGCUUCGACCGCGUGGCCAACGUCCUCGCCAAGGAGAGCUUCAGUUGCGGGAGAUCCUACUGGGAGGUAGAGGUCGGCGACAAGACGGAAUGGAGCUUGGGCGCGGUCCGAGAGUCCAUCAACAGGAAGGGACGCUUCACCGUCUGCCCUGCCAACGGUUUCUGGACUCUGAGUCUGAAGAUGGGCGGGCAGUACGUCGCCAACACAUCUCCGGCGAGUGCGGUCGCGUUGGAGCAGAGGCCCAGAAAGGUGGCUGUCUAUGUGGAUUACGCCGAAGGCCGCGUGUCCUUCUACUGCGCCGAGACGGGCAUCCACAUUCAUACCUUCACCGACACGUUCACAGACAGCCUGCACCCGUUCUUCUGUCCCGGUCGGCUGCAUGGUGGCAAAAAUGCUGAGCCGCUCAUCAUUAGCUCCAGUUUUUGCAGCAUCUGAUCACACUGGACAGAAGGU